AUGAGUAAAACACAAAUUGACAUUGAACAUGAUUUACUAAAUACAAUCAGCGGGCAUUUUUUUACCCAACAGAAAGAAUAUUCGAGGGACCUGAUCGCCAUUCCAGUAUUAAAGAUCUGUGAUUGCACUCACAGAACAAAGCUUCUUGGUGCUCUAUACGGAUACAAAGGAAUUAUUUUGCUAUUUGGCGUGGUGCUUGCGUGGGAAACACGAAAUGUGAAAAUCGCUGCAUUAAAUGACUCGAAGUACAUCGGAAUAUCAGUCUAUAAUGUCGUCAUAUUGUCAGCCAUUGGUGCAACAGUGUCCACGGUUUUGAAGAAGACGGUACAUUAUGAAUUACUUCACGCCUUGGUGUCUAUUAUCGUGCUGCUGUCAACAACUGUUACCCUGACCAUGAUGUUUGCGCCGAAGGUAAGAUGUUAUAUGUUCUCUCUGAUUGAUGAUGAUAGAUUUGUAUAUUUUGAGAACUUAUGCACAUUUGCUGCAGAGUAGAGAACGCAAGGUUGAAGAAUAAGCAAACCUAUUAAACGGAAAAUGGAGAAGAAAUAUGGGAAGAAAGGAAUUUAAUUUGAAUGAAAGAAAGAAAGAAAGAAAGAAAGAAAGAAAGAAAGAAAGAAAGAAAGAAAGAAAGAAAGAAAGAAAGAAAGAAAGAAAGAAAGAAAGAAAGAAAGGAAGGAAGGAAGGAAGGAAGGAAGGAAGGAAGGAAGGAAGGAAGGAAGAAAGAAAGAAGGAAAGAAGGAAAGAAGGAAAGAAGGAAAGAAGGAAAGAAAGAAAGGAAGAAAGAAAGAAGAAAUAACUACUUUAUAUUUUUGUAGGUGUAUGGGUAUUAUACGAUACCGCCUGAACCUGAACGACGAGUUCGUGACAUGAAUUCUUUACAAAUGCACGUUGGAUCGCGAAAAGAAACAGAAGUUUCUGAUGUUAGCUCAGGUGAUGCUGAUGUCAAAGAUAAAUGGACACAAACUGAAGAUUGUUAUCACGGUAAUAAUAUAAUAUAUAAUAUAAUGAAUUUGUCACUUUAUACAUGAUACAAACUAAUUAAAGACAAAUAAAGACAGAUACAAAUCGUGACAUGGGAAAGGAACAGGACUCUCGUCCCAAUUGACACCUAACCCCUAAAAAGACGUUAAAUAUAAAUAAAGAUAAAGAACAGGUUAAAACACAUUAGUUAUAACAACUUAUACUAGCUAAGGUUUGAAUCGUGACUAUAAAAGUACUGAACGUUUACACACUGCGACUUACCCACUGUGCAGAUUACAAUUAUGAAUUAUUCAAAAUCAAUUUGAAAGCUUAAUGUUUACAACGUUUCAGUUUAACAUUGAAAAAAUAUUUGAGGAUCGGCGAAUUGUUUCAUAUCACAAAAAUAGGUUUUGGUCAUCCAAGUCAGUUCAUUCUUUAUCACUUUAUGACGCAUUAUCAUUCCAAUAUCAUGAAAUCUGUCCAGUUGUUAUUAUGUCUUUUGAACAUACCAAUAUGGGAAAAUUACUCUUGCACAUUUGCAGAGGCACAGUUAAACAUAUCUGACUCAUAAUGUCCAACAGCGGAACUACUUUAUGUAGGCAUGAGCGUUGAAGUUAAAUUUAUAAUGAUAUAAAAUGGAGUCCAAGGGAUCGAUGGAAACGAUAAGUGGCCGAAUACUUAGCAUGCUGCAAGGUAUAUAGGCUACCAAACUUUACAGUUUGAACUACAAUAUUCUGUUUUAUAAAGAGAAUUUUUCGUGCCUCAUCUAUGACCUUUUACCUGCUCUGCGUCAUACAACUUAGAAACAACGAAUAAAAUUCGAAUUCAAAUCCACGAUUGGCGUUAAUAAUAUUGUUGAUGAUUGCUUUAAAAAAAAUAUAAAAGUUGUUUACUCAAUAACACGCAGGAUACAACAGUACAUGCGAGACAACACUGUUCUAACAACCAUGCAUCAACAAGCUUGUUUCAUAGACAGUUGUCGACAGCUGUUCCAACAACAUGGUAAUAACUAUUGCUCAUUCAUAAAAAUUGAUAGGACAAUGUUAAUAAAUAAUGUCAUUUCAACAACAAACGUUGUCCUAACUGGAAAAAAAUAUUCUUUCCAUGUUGGUAAGUGAAGAACAUUGGAUGUGCGUGACCAAUUUUUGCGCGUUUAACUGUGCAAGUGUGCAACUACGUAAGGCGUGCAACUGCUCAUAUAUGUCAUGUUCAAAUGUCAUACUAUCAACUGCACACAUAAUCAUAUUCCUGAUAGGAAUAAUCCUUCAAACCCAUUUAUUUUAGAUUUCUAUCUCAAUGUUAGUGAUCUAGCAUAACAAAGAAGAAAUAAGAAAGAUGCAAUUGAGCCCUCUAGAUAAGUGAGGCCCCUAGACAAGCUUAGCUUUUGGGCAAGCAUCUGAAUAAAGUUUAUAUAAAAACAAGGUGCAAUUACAGCAAAUGUACAGUGUCUUCACUAGGGUAAUCUAAAGUUGCAAUAUGGCUUCUUAAAAACCAAGAGAUAACAUCAUCUGCCAACGAGAGGCAUGUAUUCCUCUGGCAAAUAGGCACCAUCAUCACUAUUCAAAGCAUGAUUGCUCAUAUUUAUAUGUCAUGGUUCUAGGAUUCGUCUUUGACUUCGUCUUUACUUUAGAAUUUUCCCACGCUGCAAUCUUGUAUUUGGUGUCAUAUCCUUGUUUAAUAAAGUUGCAACAGCUUUGAGAUCUUCUUUUGGCCAUUUACCAAACUGGCGUUUGAACUGACCCAAAUACUCUUUCUCGCAGUCAGCGUAUGGUAGAGAAAAUACACCAUGAGUUUUCUGAUUUGUUUUAACAGGUUCUUUCGGCUUUGCGAAAAUAUGGCCUAAAGUCAAAUGUGACAAACAUCAGUCUCUAACUUCCCUUCGACAGUUCUGUAACACCCAAAUUCAAAAAAUGCUAAAUGUCUAUUCAUCUCACGUUCUGUCGUGAAUUGAAUGCAUGGCUCAAUAGAAUUUAAAUGUUGCAGAAAAAUAUCGAUUUCAUUUCCAGAAACCGCAGAGAUCACGUCGUCUACAAAAAGUUUCCAAAACGAAAGAGAUACCGGAACUGAGGCUAAAGAUCUUUGUUCGACAUCUUCCAUUACUAAAUUAGCAAUUAUUGCCGAUACUGGUGACCCCAGUAAGAAGCCACAUUGCAAAUUUAGAUCACCCCUGAUAAAGACGCUAGACUGGAGUGUCAAAACGUUGGGUCUUGAUUACAAUUCGACUGAGCUUUGUAUUAAUUUAUAUGCUAGAAAUACAUGCAUGCAGUAACCCCUCGCCAAUAUUUUCCAAACAUUAAAUUAAUAUGAAGUAUUCAGAAAUGACCAACACUGAACGCAGGCUCGCGCUCAAGUGUUGCCAUGACAACACGAUAUUCUUAAAUUUUUUCAUAUUUUUUGUACAAAACUGCCAAAUAUUUGAAAAAUUCGUAGUUUUAAAUAUACAACAAGAAAUUUCCGAAAUAUAUGCUGUACAUAUAGGUAUAUUAUUUUGCAUUUUGUGACAUUGAAACGCUUCGUAAAAUGUUUUGAAAUGUUCAUUCAACUAAACUACAUUUUGCCGAUAAACUAUUUUUUCUUAAUAAAACAUAAUAGGUUUAAUACAAAUAAAACAAAUUGUUAGGUAAUUUCAGUUCAAUCUUCAAAUCGAUUUGUUCGCCUUUAUAUUUUAAGAUUUUUUCUCAAAAUAAACGGUAAUUUUAUGAAACUUAGAGCUUCGUUGAAAAGGAUAACAGUUCAUGUUUUUAGGCAAAAAGUUAAAGAAACAACAUUCGUAAACAUUAAAUAUUCAAAGCAAACUUACCGUAUAUUUCACGAUUUUCCAUAGUAAAUCAAUUCUUCUAUUUCUUCGAACAAAAUUGCUUCAUGUUUGUUGCAUAUGAAACGAUUUUCCAAAUAUAUGUCUUUUAAAAUUGAAAUCUUGCUUAUCCCACUCCUACAAGCAAUCAGCCAUAUUUUUGAGAUCAGUGAAGAUGACCACCCACUCAAGAUCGUUGGUCACGCCCGCGAUCAUUGAUUAACUUUAGACUUCGCUAUUGCUUUUGUUUUCCCGGGUGUAAAUAGCCGGGGAGGAUUAGUACCCUCGCCCCGGGCUUACGCCCGGAACGGCGCUUCGCGCCCUUGGCUCGGGGAUAAACCAGAGUAGCGAACGAAAACAUGUAAACUUCUUAUUUUUCAAGAAUUUCAUUAAUGAGCAGAACAUGCCUGGACUGAAAAGAAUAUGAGACGAAUUACGAAAAACCUUUAUUUUUUAAAUAUCCUUUAGUUAGCAACAAUAUUGAUGAUCCACAUCCAGAGGUCAACGGUGGACUGUUUGGCGAUAACCGCGGUGAACAGGUCUUAGAAGGUGAACGUCAGAAACACAAAGAUAAUAAAGUUGGACCUAUGGAAAAUAUUGCGUUUCAGGAACAUAAUGGUUAA